UCCACAGGUAUGAGGAAGGCGGACGGAGCACCUGCUGCUGUUAUUCAUCGCAAAGUUCACUUAGUAAAAGGUCUGAACAGUUCUACAACAACGGAAACCAUGCAGAGUAUGAACUCAUCAGGUAGCCGGACCCUUUCUGAGGACCAGUUCAGCUGUUCCAUCUGCCUAGAGAUCUUUGUGGAGCCUGUCUCCACACCUUGUGGCCACAGCUUCUGCAAGGCCUGCCUGCAGGGCUACUGGAACCACAGCAAGAAGUUCCUCUGCCCAAUGUGCAAGAAGAGCUACUCCAAAAAACCUGAGAUGAGCGUCAACCGGGUCCUGGCUGAAAUCUCCUCCCAGUUCCAGGGCCUGAUGUCUGCUGGAAGUGGGGUGGAUCUUGCUGGCUCCCCUGGGUCGGCACUGAGCGUGAGCCAUGAUACCGGGCAAAGGAGCUCUCCUGUAACUGGCACCGGAGAGUUUGCGCAGCCUGGAGAUGUUCCUUGUGAUGCAUGUAUUGGGAGGAAGUUGAAGGCUCACAAGUCGUGUGUGAACUGCCCCGGUUCCUUCUGUGAGACCCACCUCAGACACCACAAAAAGGUCAAAUCUCUGACCUCUCACCGCCUCAUUGAACCCACCUUCAACCUGGAGGAGAAAAUCUGUAAGAAGCACGAGCGUCUGCUGGAGGUCUACUGUCGCAGCGACCACAUGUGCAUCUGCACCGCCUGUGCCGAGAGCGUGCACAAGUCCCACGACAUAGUCACCGUGGAGCACGAGUGGAAGAAGAAGAUAACAAGUUUGGGAAAGAAGAGAUCUGAGCUGAAACACCUGAUUAAGGAGAGAGCUAAAAAACUGGAUGAAGUCAAACAGUCCAUCAAGGUCAUCAAGGCCAGCGCUAAGAAAGAGUUGGAGGAGAGCUGGCAGGUCUACGCCGAGCUGCAGCGCCUGGUGGAGCAGAGUCAGGCUGAACUGGUGGAGCUGAUCGCCACCAGAGAGCGGGAGGCGGAGAAACACGCGCAGGAGAUGGCAAGAGGUUUGGAGAACGAGUUGAGUCAACUCAGACGACGGAGCAGCGAGCUGGAGGCCUUCGCUCACACGCAGGACAGAGUGGUCUUCCUGCAGAACCUCAUUGCUUUACCUCCCCUGCCCGAGCCCACCGACUGGUCAGCGGUCAGCAUCAACACUGACCUCUACCUGAGCACCAUCCGCUCCUCUGUGAGCAAACUAGUGGAAAAGUUUCAGGAGGAGCUGAAAAAACUUUAUUCAAAAGAGCUGCGGAAGGUACAGAACUAUUCAAGUGAGGUGAUCCUGGACCCAAGCACUGCCCAGCGGAACCUGGCUGUCUCGGAAGACGGUCGUCAGGUCCGGUAUGAAGAACGCAAGACCUCCCACUCUGAGGGCCCCAAGCGCUUCAGCCCGGCCCUCUUCGUGCUGGGCAGAGAGGGUCUCAGCUCAGGGCGACACUACUGGGAGGUGGACCUCAGUCGUAAGACCGCCUGGACACUGGGCAUGGCCAGCUCCACAGCUCGCCGCAAGGGUGAGAUCAAGCUGAGUCCAGAAGGAGGAUACUGGUGUCUGUGGCUGAAGAACGGGGAGGUGAAGGCUCUGGCUUCAUCCCGUCAGGCCCUCAUGAUUCCAGUCCAGCCCAGCAAGGUGGGAGUAUUCCUGGAUUAUGAUGGAGGUCGCAUCUCCUUCUACGACAUCAAAUCCCGUCUCCAUCUCUACACGUUCAGUGACACCUUUAAUGACAGUCUGUAUCCCAUCUUCAGUCCCUGUCUGACCCAUGACGGUAAAAACUCUGCCCCCCUCGUGAUAACUUCUAAAAUGACCCUGCCUCUCCGCCGUGCAGGAAUGGCCACCACUGGGAACCUUUCUGAAGAGCAGGUGCACUGCUCCAUUUGUCUGGACGUCUUCACCGACCCUGUGUCCAUCCCCUGUGGACACAACUUCUGCCAGAGCUGUAUUCUGGGAUACUGGAAAACAAGCCCAUUGUAUCAGUGUCCUAUGUGUAAGAAGUCUUUCCAUAAAAAGCCAGACUUGAGCAUCAACACUGUCUUAAGGGAAAUCGCUGAGCAGUUCAAAGAGAUCAGAGUUGCUGGCGUGGAAGAGAGGACCAGCAAGUGGACAAUGGAGAGGCAGAGGAGGGAAGAUGAGGAGAGGCUGGUGGACAAAGGUCAAAUGAAGCAGCUUUUGGAAGAGCUGAAACAAAAGCAGGAAGAGGACAAGCGGAGGAAUCCUCAGAAAACACCACCAUUGUCCCCUCAAACUGAAGCCCCUCAAGCUCUUCAAGCCUCGUCUCUACCUUCCACCUUGAUCCCCUCUUCCGUUUGGGAGGAGGUCCUCUGUGACGUUUGCCUGGGCGAUGGAAGACCAAGGGCGGUGAAAUCCUGCCUGGUGUGUCUGACCUCCUACUGUGAGGAGCACCUGAAGUCUCACUCAGUGAGGUUCACCAAACACAAGCUGAUGGAACCCGUUGCAAACAUGGAGGACAGGAUGUGCCCCAAACACGAGCGGCUUUUGGAGCUGUUUUGUAAAAAAGAACAGACCUGCGUGUGUGUGCUGUGCACGGAGACUGACCACCGGGCACACUACACUGUCCCUGUGGAGCGUGAGUGGAGCGAAAAGAAGGCUUUACUGAAGAAGACCGAACUAGAUGUCCAGCAGAUGAUUCAACAGCGAGUGAAGAAGGUGGAGGAGAUCAAACACUCAAUAGAGGUCAACAAGGCGAGUGCUCAGAGAGAGAUCGAUGAGAGCAUGCAAGUCUUCUCAGAACUGAUCCGAUCCAUCCAGAGGACUCAGGCCGACCUGGUUCUGGACAUCGAGGAGAAGCAGAGGGAGACUGAGCAGAGGGCCCAAAACCUUGUUGCCGAGCUGGAGCAAGAAAUUACUACGCUCAAGGGAAGAAGCACUGACCUGGAAAACAUGGCUCGCACAGACCACAUUCACUUCUUGAAGAUGUUUCCAUCACUGAGCUCCACACCUGCUGUGAAAGACUGGUCUGGGACCAGCGUUCCGUCAGACAUGUGUGUCGGUAUGAUCCGGAGAGCCGUGACCCAGUUGGAGGCCACUUUUGAUGAAAUGGUCAACAGUCUUGCUAAAAGUGAAAUCAGGCGGAUUCAGAAGUACAUAGAGGACGUUACCCUGGAUCCCGACACAGCCAACCCCUGGUUGCAGCUUUCUCAGGACAGACGGCAGGUGAGGCACUUGGGGGCGUGGCAGGACCUCCCCGAGCACGCUGACCGUUUCGACACUGUGGUCAUUGUCCUGGGCCGGGAGGGUUUUACCUCCGGAAGACACUUCUGGGAAGUUCAAGUUGGAGAAAAGGAUGACUGGUACUUGGGGGUCGCAAAGUCGUCCGUCAACAGAAAGGGCCGAAUUUCUGUCAGCACUUCUCAAGGCUACUGGGCUCUGGCCAUGAAAAAAGGACAAGGGUACCGUGUUUCCACGUCCCCACCUCUGCUGCUCAACCUGGACACCAAACUCAAACGUGUGGGAGUGUACGUGGACUACGAGGAGGGCCAGGUGUCCUUUUAUGACACAAGGGCUCAGACUCAUAUUUACACAAUGAACGACACAUUUACAGAAAAGAUUCUGCCCUUUUUCUACCUGUACUGCUGCGACAAAGCGUCUGACACGGUCGUGAUUUCACCUGUCAUGGAGAAAAAUCUUAUCAAAAGUUAG